UUUGAUUUCCUAUCAUGACAAUAUAUCAUGUCAACUUUUGUUAUCUUAAAUGAUCCGUACAACCUUGCCAAAAGCUUUCGAAACAAGUCAAGCAAUAUCGUGAUGCUUUAAAAUCAACUCGUUUGAAAGACCGGAGGCGGGAUGAAACAAAACCCUCUUCCUUCCCACGUUCCCACGCACACACAAACCACUCCACCGUAAUCCGCCAUGGAUUCAGCCAGACACACCUGUUUGAAACUCCAAAUCCCCCAAAACCCUCAUCCAUUCUUCAUCAAAGGCACCUGGUUUCCUUCUCACUUCAAUCUCUCCAUAACCGAUGGCCUUGACGCUUGGACUUGCAACGCAUCCGAAGAGGAAGUGAAGGAGAGAGCUUCUAAUUGGGACCAACCGACAUCGGAGUACAUCGAUUUGUCGGAGCGCUACCUAGGGUUUCAACAGCCUGAUUCGAUUUACGGGUUUGCUGAUGCUGCUGGAGGCAAUAAAAGAUUAUCAUGGACAUUCAAGAAAGAAGGUACAAAGCUAGAGUGGCGAUGGAAGUUUAAACCAGCUGAAGAUAGCAAGAAGAUAACUGCAGGAAUACUCGACUUCUUGAUGGAUGCUAACAUACGCCUAAGUGAGGAAGUUGUGAUGAAAACAAAGUCAAAUGAGAAACUGAAAACAGAAGCUGAAAAAUGUUUAGCACAAAGUGAGAAGUUUCAGAAUGAGAAAGCAGAGUUCGAAACCACAAUUUAUUCUAAGUUUCUUGGUGUAUUGAACUCAAAGAAAGCAAAAUUAAGAGAGAUGAGAGAGAAAAUGUCAAAUCAGGAAAUGAAUGUUAAAUCAGAAGAAGAAGAAGAAGAGCAUGAGGGAGAAUCCAGUGAUAGAACAGAGACUUUUGAGGGUGAUAGUGAAGAUGAUGACGUGGAGGAAGACACUGCCACGAAUGUCACCAGCACUUCAGAAAACAAGCCACGUGGUAGAAAGAGAAAGUAAAAUACAUCAAUUUAAGAUAGAUGUAAAUAUUUGACAUCAUCAUCUCAAUGUUCUUCACCAAAAAAUUUCAACUUAAAAGAACGAAAUGCCACUAAUGUGAUCUAAUAAUUUUAGUAUGAUCAAAAGCACCCAUCAAAAAAAGUAAGAAAUUCUCACAGAUUUAGAUAUUGUUUGACAAACUAGUUUAUGAAUUAAUAAGGUUUGGUAAAAAUAGUUUAUAACUUAGGUUGCAAUGUAAAUGAUAAAUAGACAUUUAGAUAUAUGAUUAAAAGAAAAAAAAUAGAUAUAACUGAAAGUAUAUUUGAAAUAAGCUCUAUCUCAAACUAAUUUAUAAUCUAGUUUAUAAGCUAUUUUUAUAGUUUUAUCAAACGACAAGCAGUUUGUUUUCAUAAAGUGGUGUUUUUUGGGCUACUUAAAAAAAUCGAAUUUCAUUCAUAUAAAAAGAUAAACAAUUAUUUUUUGGAUUGUUAACAAACGUUAAGUGUAACGUUUUUAGUAUGAUUCUAAGUUAAAUUUAAUUAUUUGUUCAUAACUAUUUAAGUAACAGAGUAAACUUAAUUUUAUAGUAGACUACGGUUGGUGUGCUUCUGUUAUAUGUAUCUCUGUUGGAUAUUUGAAAAGUUUUUAACUUUUAGUUUAAGAAAAAACUUUGGACUAAACAAAUUAUUUUGAUUAGGAGUACGGGUUUAUACUUUUUAUUUUAAAUAUAAAC